CAAAAUGGCCGGACGUUCACGAGCUACAGAGUUUGUGAACGUCUGUCGACAUCAUGGCUGAAGGUGGUAACUGGGAAGGUGAUCCAGUGGCCUCUACAUCAAAGAAACGAAAAGGUGGGAAAUUAACUCGAGUGGGCAAGGUCUUUAAAAGGCUUUGGCCAGGCACCUCAUCGAAGAAAGAUGAUCAGAACACAGGAACAACGACAGAAAAGCAAAGUCGGAUUGAGAGCAGAACGUCAAUGGAAUGUGAACCCGCCGAAGAGGAAAGGGAACAAUAUCAGUCCCGAGAGAGAGGAGACGUGGUUCACGGCCCUGGAACUGACCCAAGUGGCGAAAUCCAUCAUGACCGCGAUCCAUCAAACCAGGAAUCAUCGAGUCUCAUCCAAGGAGCAGAUCUAACGCCUGAGCGCCUGGCACAGUGGGAAGACUACCAAUUGUUCCAGCUGACAACAUUCUAUCAGGAGAGACUGGCACAGGCGAUUGAAGAAGGGAUUGUAAGUCUCAGCUUGAUGGUGAAAUAUUUCAGUACACACGAACUCAGGAGUGUCGCUGAGCUUGUGGUAAAGGGAAACCGCAGAGGUGGUUCCAUAUGCUUCCUCAGACUGGUGAUGGAGUAUGGUCACUGUGCCCGGCGGGUGAUGUGGGAAUCCUUUGUGAAAAUGCAGAAAGAUUUCCCAAAGCUGCACAAAAUACUGAAAGAAAUCCAGGAGCUCGGUCCUGAUCCACAAGAAUACAUGAACAUCAACAGAGGUUUAUCUGAAAUACCCUCUCAUGUGGAAGUUAUUCAACAGAAACACAAGGAGACACUGAAGGCGCAGACUGAAACACUGAGCGUGAACACCAUCCUGAUGAAGGAGAAGGUUAAGGUUUACCAGCUGCUUGAUCUAUACGCUGAGCUCACAAUCAUCUCCACUGUUCGAGAUCGGAGACUGGUGGAACAUGAGCUGCUGGCAAGAGGCCGGGUCCAUGAAGAGUGGAGAGAGAGAUGUCUCCGGAGAGAACUGGAAAAAAUCAGGACUGAUCAAUUGUUCCACAGCAGCUUUACCCGGGAGAAAUCCCAAUCGGGGAGUUCAGCAACAGUAGCCGGAGUUGCGGGGAUCGGAAAAACAACAAUGGUGCAAAAGAUUGUACAUGACUGGGCCACAGGGAAAAUAUACAAACAAUUCCAUUUUGUCUUCAGUUUCAAAUUCCGGGAUUUGAACAUGAUUAAACACAGAAUAAACCUGAGGGAACUGAUUCUGGAACAGUAUCCUUACUUUUGGGAUAUCCUGGGGAGGUCUGGAAGAACCCCAGAGGGAUUGCUGUUUAUAUGUGGAUGGUCUGGAUGA